AUGUCUAAUUAUUCUGUUCUCUCCCUGAAAGUUUGUUCAGAGCAAAAAAUUUGUGAGACAUGUAUUAAAGCAUCCACUUUAAAUGAAAAAUGUUACUGGUGUCCAAUUGUCAAUAAAUGUAGUCAUGGAUUUGAUAUCCACAGGCCAAUAUGGAUGUUAAAAAACUGUUAUAUUAAAAACACUACAAAGUGUCAAGUGUCAACCACUUCAGUGUACAAACAGGAGCAUGCUCUGAGCAGCAUGCGAACCACUGAGUAUUAUUCAAAUAUUUUUCCUAACUACAGCUUUACAAACUAUGCAAAAACAACUCCUGAACUAUCAACAACAAAUUCAUUAAACUCUAAAACCACGAAAAAUGGAUUUCGAACUAACCAACUUCCAUCAUUUAUUUGGAAUAAUAAGAACCUAGACAAAAGUGAAGAAAAAGAAAAGAAAAAUUCCAUACACAAAUGAACCAAGUUCACAAUCCAAUCAGCUUAAAUGAAU